ACUUGAUCUCCAUCUUCGCAUUGGUCCAGUGUCCAUCGUCCAAGAAACCCUUGCCGACCGCCGAUGGAGAACCUUUGAUUCAUCCAAUUCAAACGAUCAGUGUAUGACGUUGUGAUUCGGUGAAGGAAGAGGAAUUGGAAGGGAUCUAUUGGUGAUUUUGUUGGUGCGGAUUGGAAGGAUCCAAUGCCGGAAGAGGAUCUCGUCGAGCUGAAGUUUAGACUAUACGAUGGAACGGACAUCGGCCCGAUCCGCUACUCCUCGACUUCCACUGUCGCCAUGGUCAAAGAACGAAUUAUCUCCGAGUGGCCCAAAGAUAAAAAGAUCAUGCCGAAAGUAAUUAAUGAUCUGAAAUUGAUAAGCGCUGGGAAAAUCCUCGAUGACAGUAAAACAGUUGCUCAAUGUAAACCUUCUUUCAGUGAAGUUUCAGGAGUAAUUACCAUCCAUGUUGUCGUGCAGCCAUCAUCAGCAAAAGCAAAAUCAGAGAAGAAGAUUGAUGACACGUCAAAGAAAACAGUCUGUUCAUCAUGCUCCAUAUUAUAGAUCACAGAGUCUCUGAUCUCUCAACUCUGCUCCAUAGCUGGACUGUUCGAUCUUUAGCGAUGUUUGUGAACAGGAAGACAUCCAAAGCUCUCUUCACAGAUUCUUGACUCGUUCAGUUCGUCGUCGAUGGUUGCGAAGAAAGUUGAUGACACAAAAGACAGGAAUGAAAGUGAGAACUAAAUGAACAAUGGAACCAUAUUUGUAACAUAGUUUUCCAGUGAGUUCCUUUCAUGCUAAAUCCAUUUAGUAUUCAAGAUUUAUCAUCCAGCUGUCUUGUGAGAAUAGAAUGUAAAUCCAACCCUGCAACAACAAACAGUACCCAAAAGAAAACAAAGCAAUCAGUGUAUCAUUUUCUUUCUUCAAUUGUUUGUGAAAUCAAUGUAUUGUUUGCAAAAUGAAUAUUUCAGAAUUUUUUAUCUUAA